AUGCUGGGUGGUUGGCAUUUUUCUCGAGUAGAUACUUUAGAGUUGAAAUCUUAUAUUGAAAGGAAGAUUGGGCGUUUAAGAACAGAGAAGUACUUCAAUCUGUUCACAGGAUUUUUAAGCCUUAAGAUUGGCAAACCUGAGUUUGAUAGACUCUGCAUUGGUACAAUAGGGAGAGAAAAUGUUCGUCUCCACAAUUAUCUUCUCACAUCAAUUAUUAGAAAUGCUUCACUUUCAAAGACUCCUCCAUCAAGAGACAACAAAUUGGAAGGUUCUUUAAGUGUUAAAGUGGCAAAUGGGACCCCAAAUCUUCGUGAUCAUAAGUUCAGGGACCACCUAAGUCCUUUAGGGCCUCAUGGGAAAAGCCAUGGUACUGCUUGUGAAGAUGCAUUUCCUAAGGUUCAAGAACAGAAGAGUACUACUGAGUUGCUUUCAUUUAGCAGACUGCCAGGCUUUGUGGAGGAUGGAGAAAAGGUUGAUCAAGCAGUAGGAAGUCCAAGCAUUCACAAUGAACUUCCUGAUAGCAGUUCUUUGAGGAAAAGGUUGGAACAAAAGUUGGAGAUAGAGGGAUUGAACAUCUCAGUAGAUUGUAUCAAUUUGUUGAACAAUAGUCUGGAUGUUUUCAUGAAGAGAUUGAUAAAACCUUGUUUAGAACCGGCUGGUUCAAAGAAUGGACAGAAUCUUAUCGACCUAUGUCAUAAUUGGUCCAUGGCCUCUAAUGGGAUGCGGCCUGUGAGAUAUACCCAAAAACAGAGUGGGUCCAUUUCUGCAUCAAUGUUAGACUUCCGAGUUGCGUUGGAGCAAAAUCCCUUGAUUUUUGGAGUAGACUGGCCAACACAACUCAAGAAGCUAUGCCUGCUUGCUUCUGAAGAUUGA